GAACGUUUAAAUAAUGAAGUACCUUGACUACUCUAUAUUCCACCCUUGGUAACAAGAGUGAAACAUCACUUUUUGGAGUCAUUUGCAUAUCUGUUGAGCAACCGCAAUAGAAAAUGAAUUCAAAAGUUCUAGCCUCAUUGCUGGCUUUCUGCGGACUUAUGGCAAUUGUCGCGGGAGCCUCAAAUUUAAAGUUACAGAUAGAAGCAAGAGAUACCGAUUUAGGUGAAUCCGAUUAUCAAUGUCCCGAGGGACUUUUCGUAGCUCCUCACGAAACUCAGUGCGAGUUGUACUACAUCUGCUCUUCGGGUGGCACUCCCACUCACUUGUAUCACUGUCGAGACGACCUGUUGUUUGAUCUCGAAUAUUACGGAUGCAAUUUUAAAGAACAGGUGGAUUGUGGAGACCGUCUAGCACCCUUUACUUGUCCUUCUCCAAACGGAAAUUUCCCUGUCAAAGAAGGAGCCUGUGAUUCGCGAUAUUACAUAUGCACCGAUGGCGUCUCAGACUUACAGACUUGUCCAAAUGGAGGGAUUUUUGACGCCACCGUAUCAUCAUGUGUUGCAACUCCUUGUGCUACGACAACGACAGUAGCCGUACCAACGGCACCUGGUCCAUUUGAAUGUCCCGAACCGAAUGGAUACUUCCCCAGUCCUUAUUCUUGCUCUCAGUAUUACGUUUGCCUUGAAGACAAUUCUUAUCUUUAUAAUUGUCCUGCUGGACUUUAUUAUAACCCAGCUCUCGAAGCCUGUGAUUGGCCAGCCAAUGUCAACUGCAAUUUGCCUGGAUUUUAGAAAAAUGGUGAGAGCAAUUUAUGUGAAAGAGUUGUAUAAAAUACUAUCACCUACUAAACUUCCUCUUGAUGUAUUUACAACGUUUAUUUUUAAAAGACACACUUAUAUCUUACAUAUUAUGCGAAUCAUUAGUCAAUACAAGUUACGUAAUGAUGUAAAAAAAACAUUAUUUACGUUGAAAGCAGCA